GUGACGAGCUGCGGGCGCGCGGUUUGAAUCGGAGCGGCGGCGGCAGCGCAGGCCACACGGCCCGUGACCCCCCCCGGCCUGGCGAUGCCCCGCCGCAAGGAGCGAGCCCCGCGCCGCCGCGCUCCCCCCGGGUCACCGCCCCCGCCAGCGCCCCCGCGGCGGCGACCCCCCCCCGCAGAACCCCUCAGACUCUACAGACCCCCCCAGCGUGUGCUGAAGGAGAUCCGGAAAUACCAGAGCAGCACCCAGCUGCUGCUGCGGCAGCGCCCUUUCGCCCGCCUGGUACGGGAGAUCUGUCUCCAGUUCACCCGUGGCGUGGACUAUCGCUGGCAGAGCAUGGCCCUGCUGGCCCUGCAGGAGGCUGCCGAGGCGUUCGUGGUGCGGCUGCUGGAGGAUUCCUACCUGUGCUCGCUGCACGCUCGUCGCGUCACGCUGCAGCCCCGGGACGUGCAGCUCGCGCGGCGCCUGCGGGGCCUCGACGGCGGCGGCAUCUGAGCGGGGCCGCGGGGAAAGAGCCGCCCCCGUGGGGCCGAGCUGGGCUGGACGAGCCGCCGGAGCGUCCCCGCGGACCCAGC